GAAAAACGUUUGAGGUUGAUAUACUUCCAUAUCACAGGUUAAGGCAUCUGAAAUAUUUAAUGACGAGACCAGGGCACAUCCUUAACAUGUGCAAGCACCUUAGUGUGUUUGUUUUUCUACUGGCAAGCAUCACGAAUGUAUAUUGUGGAGACGCACUGCAAACUACACAUCAAGACAACAGCACACUUCAACACCAAUCAAAACGAAACGUUGGCACAACAAAGUAUCCAAUGCCUUACACUGGUGAAAUUAAGCAUUCGUUGUAUGAUGGCAAAGAAAUCAUUGUGGAAGGAGUCAUCGAUAAAAAACCCCAAAGUUUUAUUGUCGAAUUGUGUGAGAAAAGUUCAUGCUACCAAGACAUCGAAAUGCAAGCCACUUAUCGUUUUCACACUCAGAGAUUCAACUUGAAUAGCAGAAGAAACUUCAAGUGGGGACCAGACAAAGUUACAGACGGUAAACUGUUACAAGAACAACAAGCAUUUAACAUGAAAAUUGUAAUUUACAGCCAACAAAUUAAGGUAUUUCUCAAAAGCAAAACUUUUGAAUUAAAUGGGUUGGUAAGGAUGACAAAGAUAAAGUACAUUCGGAUUCGUGCAAGCGCUAAAGUACAUUGGAUUUUGUUUUCAGUAGGUCACCCAACUUAAUAUUUAAUUAAGUAUUCUUAAAAUAGGCAUUUGAAUAUAGGAAAUACCAGUCAUAAAAAAUGAAUAUUAUACUUUAAGUCAUUUACCGAAGUGACUGAAAUAGGUAAGC